UUUAAAAAAAUUCCACCCAUUUUCUCGCCGCACAUGGCCUAUUCUUUGAGCUUUCAAUCCGUUUUCACCUCCCAAUUUUAAAUUAUUUUCCUCACAUGGUCGUCUCCUCCUCUGUUGUUAGAUCCCUACCCCCCUUCCGUCCUCGAUUCCUCCACUCUGGAAAGCUCCAAACCACAUCCUUAGGGCUGCAGAAAGGGGAAAUUUUCGCUCAUUUUUCCGACGACAAUAUCUUUUCUCCCCUGGAUUCGUGAUCUACGCUCCAGAAGAGUCAAGACCAAGCUGUAGCCGAAAUAUUACUGCUCUGCUGUCCAUUGAAAGCCCACUUGUAGUGCAACCGAAUUUUGCUGAAUAUUGAGCAUAAUGUUCGGCUGAAUGUUGCUUUACUUUCAGUGGCAAUAGAUUAUGCUGAUGAGAUGAUGCCUAGAACUAUUUCUGCUUCGAGCUAAUAUGUUAAAGUGAGAACCUGAUGUGACUGUGUAGUUGCCUUACACAAUCUUUAAGAUGGGAGGUGAGUUUAUUGAAGAAGCAGACAUGGAAGUCUUGCCUUCUAUGUGGCCUGAUGAUAUUGGGAAUGAAACCAGAAAGCAGUUCAACAUGGACAGACCUGGGGUGAAUCGGGAUAUGCUGGAGGAUGUUAUGAUCAAAGAUGACCCUUCUGUUGUGGAUUUCAAACGCCUCUUAGAACUAACCAGUUACAGUGAGAAGGGUUCUUCUCAGCUGGCAUACCUUGUAAAACACUGGGAGUAUAAGCACAAUAAUGCUGUUCGACUUCUCAAUGAAGAGCUCAACAUCCUCAGCAAACAAAGGCAGGAAGUUGAACUCAAGAAACUAGAGAUCCUAGAGGAGCAUCGUUUUGAGGAAGAUAGAUAUGCUGGUUCCAAACGUUCAGUUUCUAUUUUGGAGGAUGCUUGUGACAUUUGGGGAAGAGUUCCAAGGAGGAGAAAUGGUAUUCUUGGUUAUAAUAGAAAACUUGACAUAGAUGCCGGGUACGAUACUGUCACCUACUGGAAGCAGCGGGCUAUUGGACUAGAUAAAAUGCUGGAGGAAAGUAUUGAAAGGGAGCACGUACUCACGCAAAAGUUGGAGGAGAACAUCAAGAACCUGGAAACACAGCCGUCACCGGUUGAGGAAUUGUCUCAGAUCUUAAAAAGAGCUGAUAAUUUUUUACACUUUAUUCUUCAGACUGCACCUGUUGUUAUUGGUCAUCAGGACAAAGAGUUGCGGUACCGAUUCAUCUAUAAUCACUUUCCACGGCUCGAAGAGGAGGACAUUAUAGGUAAAACUGAUGAGGAAAUAUUCUCCGGUGCUGGUGUAAAAGAGAUUCAGGAUUUCAAGAGGGAAGUCUUGGAGCGAGGUUCACCUGCGAAGAGGGAAAUCACAUUUGAUACCCCAUUAUUUGGAUCAAAGACUUUUAUGAUAUAUGUAGAACCAGUAUUUAGCAAGACAGGAGACAGAAUUGGUGUAAAUUAUAUGGGAAUGGAUGUUACUGAUCAGGUGGCAAAAAGGGAGAAAAUGGCUAAGCUAAGGGAGGAGAUUGCUGUCCAAAAGGCCAAAGAGACAGAACUUAACAAAACGAUUCACAUAACAGAGGAAACAAUGCGGGCAAAGCAAAUGCUAGCAACUAUGUCUCAUGAGAUUAGGUCUCCUCUUACUGGGGUUGUGAGUAUGGCUGAGAUUCUGGCAACCACCAAAUUGGAUAAAGAACAAAGUCAGUUGCUGGAUGUGAUGAUAUCCUCUGGAGAUCUGGUUCUCCAACUUAUAAAUGAUAUACUCGACCUUGCCAAGUUUGAAUCAGGAGCUAUGAAGUUGGAGGCUACAAGAUUUAGACCAAGAGAGGUAGUUGGACACGUCCUCCAGACUGCAGCUGCAUCUUUGAAGAAGGAAUUGACAUUGGAAGGACAUGUAGAUGAUGAUGUUCCUGUCGAGGUUAUUGGUGAUGUUUUAAGAAUUCGGCAAAUCCUGACCAACUUGAUUAGCAAUGCAAUCAAGUUUACACAUGAAGGGAAAGUUGGGAUAAACCUUCAUGUGGUUUCUGAGCAAUACCCUGGAUGUCAAGAACAACACCAUCAAGAUCUAACAGCUGUUUUACCAUCAACAAGACUACCAAAAAAGAAUUCUUCAGAAACUCAAAGUUAUAUUGACAGAGAAACUUCACAUUGUUCAACUUGUCAAGAAGGUCCUGACCAAAACACUAGUGAGAAGCAUCAUUUGACCAAUGAAGAUCCUGAGAAGUAUAAUCAGAACUAUGAAAAAAUUGUGUGGUUACGCUGUGAUGUGUAUGACACUGGAAUUGGAAUACCAGAGAAAGCACUACCUUCAUUGUUCAAAAAGUAUAUGCAAGCAAGUGCAGAUCAUGCUCGAAAGUAUGGAGGAACAGGGCUUGGUCUUGCAAUCUGCAAACAGCUGGUGGAGCUGAUGGGUGGAAAUCUCACCGUGACCAGCAAAGAGCAUUGUGGAUCGACAUUUACCUUUGUGUUGCCUUACAAGAUUCCUUUAAAGAGGGAAUGUCCUGAUGAUCAUGAUGAAGAUGCAGCAACUUCAGUUGAUUCCAGUACUGAUGAAAUAAAUGGGUCAUUUAUCUUUAAGCCUCGGACUCGGGGUACUCUAUUCUCAUCCGAUGAAUCCACGGUUCGCAAGACAAAACCUUCUGGCAGUAGCAUGCUUGGUACCUUGGAUAGUUCAAAUGGUUUGUCAGAGUCUGACUCAUUCUCCUCUAGUGAUGGCACAUCAAGGACUUCUGUUGAUGGGGCUUCUCAAAUUUCUGAUGCAACAAAGACGGUAGCUGAACCUAAAGGGCUUUUACAGCAAAGUCUAGGGCAUAAUGUUAAUGAUUUUGGGAGGAUAAACAGAAGAGAUGAAGGAUGUCAAGAUUCUAGUAAUGGCUUUGUAAUGCAUAAAUUUGACGGUUCUAUUAUGGAUUCCAGCAGAACCCAGAGGACUUCAGGUUUGCAGCAAAGCCAAAUGGCAUUCUCAGAGGGAGCUAAUAUGGCUGCAAGUGGCAAGUGUGUACCAACUUGUCAAAGCCUGAGGCAUGAGAAAGAAGAUGAUAAAUCUAAGUGCACGUCAGACACAAGUUCUUUCAAAAUUCUUCUUGUAGAAGAUAACAAGAUCAAUGUAAUGGUGGCACAGUCAAUGAUGAAGCAGCUGGGUCAUAAAAUAGAUGUUGUGAAUAAUGGAUUAGAAGCUAUUCGGGCAGUUCAGCAUUCUCAUUAUGACCUUAUUUUGAUGGAUGUUUGCAUGCCAGUAAUGGAUGGAAUGCAAGCCACCAGAUUAAUUCGAUCUUUUGAAGAACAUGGUUGCUGGGAUGCUUCCGUAGCAAAUGGAGAUGAUCAUGCUAUAACCUGCCCAGAUUCACCAUCACAUGGUCCAGAAGCAGGACGGUGCAGAAAAAGGAUUCCUAUCGUUGCAAUGACGGCAAAUGCACUAGCUGAGAGCGCUGCUGAUUGCCUUGCCAAUGGGAUGGAUUCAUUUGUAUCUAAGCCUGUGACCUUUCAGAACUUGAAACAAUGUCUCCAGCAGUACUUGCCGUGUUAAAUAUUGUAAAGUGGUUCUUGUAAAAUAGAAAAAGAAUAAUGUAAUGAAGAAAAAUUUUGUAAUUAAUAUAUCUUGUCGUUGCUUGUAAA